GCCCGCCUCCUCCUUCUCCAGAAAAAGUCGCCAUUUUGGUUCACUGCCUUCGGGCCCCCCCCAGGCGCCGCGGGCGGCCCUUCCGGGGCCAGGUCGGGCCCGCACCCGGCCGCAGGUGACAGAGAUGGCCGAUCCUUUCUGCGUUGGAGGAGGCCGCCGGCUCCCGGGGUCCAGCAAGAGUGGACCUGGGAAGGAUGGCAGCCGGAGCGAGGUCCGACUUCCUGUGCUGCAUGACCCACCGAAGCUGGGGGUGCCGGUGGUCAGGGGUGGGCAGACAGUGCCCAGCCAAGCCCCACUCUGCUUUGACCCGGGAAGUCAAGCCACUGACAGGACAGAAGGAAAGAAGAAAGGGCGUCCGAAAGCUGAAAACCAGGCCCUCCGAGACAUUCCCCUCUCCCUGAUGAACCAGUGGAAGGAUGAGUUCAAGGCACACUCGAGGGUGAAGUGUCCAAACUCGGGGUGCUGGCUGGAGUUUCCCAGUAUCUACGGGCUCAAGUACCAUUACCAGCGAUGCCAAGGGGGUGCCAUCUCAGAAAGGCUGACAUUUCCCUGCCCUUUCUGCGAGGCUGCAUUUACAUCUAAGACCCAGCUGGAGAAGCACCGGAUUUGGAACCACAUGGACCGACCUCUGCCUACCCCCAAGCCUGGGCCAGUCAGCCGGCCAGUCACCAUCAGCCGGCCUGUUGGGGUCAGCAAGCCUAUUGGAGUGAGCAAACCUGUCACUAUUGGCAAACCUGUGGGUGUCAGUAAACCCAUCGGUAUUAGCAAGCCAGUGACAGUCAGCAGGCCUGUGCCAGUCACCAAGACAGUGACGGUCAGCAGGCCCGUGCCGGUCACCAAGCCAGUGACGGUCAGCAGGCCUGUGCCGGUCACCAAAGCUGUGCCGGUCACUAAGCCAGUGACUGUCAACAAGCCGGUGCCAGUCACCAAACCCGUGCCAGUCACCAAACCAGUGACCAUCAACAAACCAGUGCCAAUGACAAAGCUUGUGACAGUUACAAAACCUGUGCCCGUCACGAAGCUGGUGACAGUCAGCAGGCCCAUUGUGGUCAGUAAACCAGUGACGGUCAGCAGGCCCAUUGCCAUCAGCAGACACACAACGCCCUGCAAAAUGGUGCUGCUGACCAAGUCUGAGAACAAAACUCCUCGUGCCGCGGGGAGGAGCAGUGGUAAGAAAAGGGCUGCAGACAGCCUGGACGCAUGCCCUGUCCUGCCCAAGCAGGCGAGGCCGGAAAAUGGGGAAUGUGGCCCAUCUACCGCAAGCCAGGGCUCGGCCUUCCAGCUGAGCACAGACCCCAGUGGCGGACCCCUUGCUCUGGGCAGCAGGCCCUUGGGAGGCAAAGAGGUGCCAAGGGCUGCAGGCCCUGGGUCUCCACCUGAGGAGGGCACGGAGCGCACAAAGCACAGAAGGAAACAGAAAACACCCAAGAAGUUUACAGGGGAGCAGCCGUCCAUCUCAGGGACCUUCGGACUCAAAGGCCUGGCCAAGGCAGAGGACAAGUCCCGGGCUCACCGCACCAAGAAGCAGGAGGGGCCCAGCCCCGAGGAUGUGCGGAAGAAGGUGCCAGCCCCCACCAGCACUGUCAGCAAGGAGGUGCCGGCCCCCGUGGCCCACCCAGGCCCAGGUGGCCCUGAGGAGCAGUGGCAGCGGGCCAUCCAUGAACGGGGGGAGGCUGUCUGCCCCACCUGCAAUGUGGUCGCCCGAAAGACCCUUGUGGGGCUCAAGAAGCACAUGGAGGUGUGUCAGAAGCUGCAGGAUGCACUCAAGUGCCAGCACUGUCGAAAGCAGUUCAAGUCCAAGGCCGGCCUCAACUACCACACCAUGGCUGAGCACAGCACCAAGCCCUCUGACGCCGAGGCCUCGGAGGGGAGCGAGCAGGAGGAGCGGGAGCGGCUACGUAAAGUGCUGAAGCAGAUGGGGAGGCUGCGCUGCCCGCAGGAGGGCUGCGGGGCCGCCUUCUCCAGCCUCAUGGGCUACCAGUACCACCAGCGACGCUGCGGGAAGCCACCUUGUGAGGUGGACAGCCCCUCCUUCCCCUGCAUCCACUGUGGCAAGACCUACCGCUCCAAGGCCGGCCAUGACUACCACAUGCGCUCAGAGCACACGGCCCCACCCCCUGAGGAGGCCGAGGACAAGCCCGCUGAGGCUGAGGACCUACUGGGUGUUGAGCGGACCCCUAGUGGCCGCAUCCGCCGCACGUCGGCCCAGGUCGCCGUGUUCCACCUGCAGGAGAUUGCAGAGGAUGAGCUGGCCCGAGACUGGACCAAGCGGCGGAUGAAGGACGACUUGGUGCCUGAGACUGCACGGCUCAACUACACUCGGCCAGGCCUCCCCACGGUUAACCCCCAGCUGCUGGAGGCGUGGAAGAAUGAAGUCAAGGAGAAAGGCCAUGUCAACUGCCCCAAUGAUUGCUGCGAAGCCAUCUACUCCAGUGUGUCCGGCCUCAAGGCUCAUCUUGCCAGCUGCAGCAAGGGAGACCACCUGGUGGGGAAGUACUGCUGCCUGCUGUGUCCGAAGGAGUUCAGCUCCGAGAGCGGUGUCAAGUACCACAUCCUCAAGACCCACGCAGAGAACUGGUUCCGUACUUCAGCAGACCCACCUCCCAAACACAGGAGCCAGGACUCACUGGCACCCAAGAAGGAGGAGAAGAGUCUGGCAGGUGGGAAGAAGCGGGGCCGGAAGCCCAAGGAACGGCCCCCCGAGGAGCCUGCGCCUAAGAUGCCCCCCCGCCGGGACGACUGGCCCCCCGGAGGCAGAGACAAGGGGGCCCGGGGCUCCACUGCCCGGAAGGUGGGAGCCAGCAAGCCACCUGAGAAGUGAGCCUGGGGGCCAGCAGAUUGGCAGGGCCCGGUCCCCACACUGGCCACCAAGCCCCUCUCUCCAGGUUGGGGGUAGCUAGUUCCGGGACCUGUGCUCUCUAGUUCUCCAUCCCCCACCCCUGCCUAGUCAUCUGUCCAGUGGGGGUAGCCAGCUCCUCUCCCCUCCCUGAAGGUGGCCCUUCCCCUGUGCAGGCUGCCACAGGGCACACCUGGGCGUGGGCCCCCGGGGGAGGGCCAGUGGCAGCAGCAGAAGUGCAAUAGUCUGGAGGAUAUUCAUGGGCCUGGCAGAGUCUGGGGCCCUGGGUUGGCAGGAGGAGGGUCAGUGGCCUGGGACUCAGUGCUGUGGGGGCAGUGCACAGCAGGCAGAUGGCCUUUUGGCCCUUGCCACGUGAGCUCUGUUCCCCAUCUGCUUUCUCAGGCCCAAGGCUCGGGGGGUCCCUGGUGACCUGUGGUUCUGGGCUGAUGAGGGCAUCUGAGCAGCCUUGCCUCUCUACCCGACACUGGAACCCCAGCACCCCCAGCUACCUCCCAGGACAGACCCUGAGUCUGACCGCUGCCGUGCUGACCUGACAGUCCGCCUGCCCCCUCGCUCCCCUCGUGCUCCAGCCUCUGGUUCCUCAUCUUCUGUUCUCUACCUCUCCAGGCCCAUCUUCCCUGCUGUGCCACCCUGUGCUUGGGCCUUCCCCACUUGCCCAUGUCCAUUAUGGUGGGGAGUGGUGCCCUCGCUAACGGGGGGCUCUCCACCAUCCCCAGUGGUGCUCCCUGCUUGGGGUAAGAGAGAGGCUCCACUUCCUCCACCUACAGGGCCACAGGAGCCCUGGGGGGAGGGGCCGAAUGGAGCGUGCUCUGCCUCCUGCCUCCUGCCUCCUGCUUUGCUAAUACUGCGGGCCUAGGUCGGGCAGCCUGAUGGGUUAAGGAUGGGCCAUUCUGGGCUCUGGGUUGACUGAGGGCCAUGGGCAUGCAGAGUGGGGCAGCACUGGCCUAGCUCUGAGGAGUGACCACCACAGGGGCAGCCUUCUGCUUGCUGGGUUGGCACGUGGCCAAGCUCCCAUGGGAGCCCCCCCCACCUUUUUUUUUUUUAAUACCUGCCACUUCCUUUGUAGUUGUGGGGUUUUUUGAUACAAGAGCUGAAGGCCAGGGAGGGGGAUUGGCCAAGAUCACAACAGGUUGGUGGCAGCUCUGGGGCUCUGUCUUGACGCCCUUUGGGUCCCUGAGGAGGGCUAGGUCUACAGUUGGGCAGGGGUCAGGCUGGAGUCCAGGGUACCUGCAGGAGGUGCCACGCCCUGGCCCCUGCCUUCCAACUGAGGCACUGCAGGGAGGAGCAACCUCAGAACCACUGGGUUUAGACAGAGGCUGUUUCCCACUGGGGGUGGGGGUGGGCUCAGGGUUCGGCCUUGCCGAUCCUGGACGAUGUGAAUUUUGAUAUUUGCCCGUGUGUGUGUAGUGGAUGCCAGUCUUGUUGCUGUGACAAGUAACAACGUUUUUUCUAUUCUGUUUUUUAUACAAAAACUCAACAAUCUGACAUUUUGGUGCUAAGGGUUUCCUGGUGCGACGGUGGAUCUGGGGGCUAGGCUGGGGUCCCUGCCCUGCUCAGGGAGGCAGUGCCGACUGGGCACCCUCUGCCCUCAGCUCCUGUCCUCAUCCAGCCCCUGGAGAGGAGAGGCUCCAAGGUGGGCUCGGCUCUCCUUGCCCACAGUAGGGAGACAGGUUCCAAGAGGGCCUUGGAGGUGGGUCACCAUGCCUCCCGCCUCCAGCUUUUCCUCUUUCCUGACCCUAGGCAGCCCUGGUAUGGAGAUGUGGGCUCCCCUCCCUCACACACACCUUGAUCUGAUCAGGGGGUGGAGGCCUGGGCUGUGGCAGAGAUCAAGGAGGGCAGUGUGGGCAGGGUUUCAGGGCCAGAGGGCUUGCUUCCUUGUGUUCUUGGGUGUCACUAUGGUGUACAGCCAGUGGAGGUGGAGCUGGGGUCAGGCAGCCACUUCAGGGGCUGCCUCGGGAGGGGAGGGAGAGCAGGCACUGUCAGAGCCCCAGGUGCACUUUGUCUUUGUCACCAAUGCCUGGAGGAGGGUGGACCUCAACACCUCUGCUGGGGAUGGCCGCCCGCCCCGGCCUCUCAGGUACUUGGCCCUUGGGGAGUUGGGGGCUGGUUUUUGCUGGGGGUGAGUUUCCAGGUCACCCCCCAAAGUUCACAGAUGGUCACUGGUGUGGGAAGAGGGGGGUCCUGGAUAACUUGAUGUUUAGCACUUUAACCUCCUUGUUUGUCUUUAAAGUGGGCAUGGGGGCUGAUGCCAAAAGAGGCUGUUGGGUCGGACCCCUCUCUCCCUGCUUCCCUCCCUGCUUCCCAUACUCUGGCUGGUGAGUGGCAGUGGCAAGGUGGUCUGCAGAGCCCUCCUCCAGAGAAGGCAGAGCCCUGGGCAGCUCAGCGGGAUCUGCCCACCUCCCACUCUGGCGGGAAUGCAGCCAGGUAACCACCUGGCCUUGACUGACACCUUCAGUGAGAGGGACUGGAGUGGCAGGCCCCCCGGGUGUGAUGGGUGUGCAACCUACCGGAAACCCAAGCCCAGGGCACAAUGCCAGGUCCCUUUCUGAAGAUCUACCUCUGGCCCAGCCCACCCCUCUUGCCCUGAGAACAGGAAAGGGCCCACUCAAGGGGCUGACACUUCACACAAAAAUAGGAUGCACUUUAUUUGCUCAUGCAAAGGCAGAUGAGGGUGUCUCCUUGUGUGACCAGCGGCCCUCCCACCUGUAGCCUCCCUCCUGUGUCUCUGGUUCAGAAGGGAGAGAACAGGUGCACUCUGGUCUGUGGAGGGGAGGGCUGUCCCCAUGUGUCCUCGCUGGGUGGGCCCCAGGUGGCUUGUCCUGGAGACCUGGGGCUCGGGUGGCCAGCACCUCCAGCCUGGCAGCCACAUGUCCUGUACUUUGGGUUUCUUGGUUUGGGUUUUUUAAUGCCAGUUCUCGGUACAUAAGUGCAUUUUGGAAGAGAGGCUCCAGCUAUCACUUGUAUUCAUAUAUAUACUUAUAUAUUCUAUCUACAAAGUGUUUAUUUGCAAGAUGUUUGACGGUGAGCUCGGGCCCUGCCCGCCCUGUGACCAUCUGUCCCCGAUCCUCGUCCCCGCCUCCGGACCUGAGUGGCGUGGGGGCGGGCCAUCAACUGUAUGUAUUAAAAAUGACUGUAUCAAAUAAAUGUUUAUUGAUUUUUUUCCA